GGAUGCCAUUUCUAACGUAACCCGGGAAAGAGAAUCCCUCUACGUCUGACAGUUAGCGUACAUAUCCACAACAAACAUGGCGGAUGAUCACACAGAUGCAGACCAGUCCAUGGAGGGACACACUCCUGUCUCUGAAAACCCUCAUGCAGAGUACGGUCUGACAGAGAACAUCCAGAGGACGGUGGAGAACGAGAAGCCGGGCGCAGAGAAGAUGUCGAAGCAGAAGGUGGACCUGCAGGCGCUGCCCACCAGAGCGUACCUGGACCAGACGGUGGUUCCCAUCCUGCUGCAGGGCCUGUCGGUGCUCGCCAAGGACCGACCUCCAAACCCGAUCGAGUACCUGGCAGCGUUCCUGCUGAAGAACAAAUCUCAGUUUGAGGAGAGAAGUUAAACUCUGCAGUGGGAACGUUUCCUACAGUAGAAAGCUGUUUGUUCAUUUGUUUAUGGAUUUAGACUUUUUUUCUUUUUUUAAGCAGAAAUAAAAAUGUUGAUGUGAAAGAGCA